GCUCGAACCAUUGAUAGCGUGGGGGGUGUUACUGUAUGCGUCCUAUUUAAAAUGAGACUUUUAGCCGCCGGUGAAGAAAAACAAAAGAGCCAGAUACAUUGUGAACGAAAUGUAUCCGUUUCUUACAUUGUAGCCAGCGUAGUCUAACGAUUUUGGUGCCCUCGGGAAAACGUUACGGGCUAGUCCAUCUGUAGCCAACCCCUGAGUUACCGGUGUUCUGUGACUCACCAAUCUUUUAGGUGCCGGCUUUCUAUAACCUUCAGAAGUACAAAUAGAAAUGAGGUGUAUCUUGUCUAAAUGUUCUAAAGCUUUUUAAAUGGCUCGGUUUAAUUAUUAGUGCUAUAACGUUAGGUGAAAGGACUACAUUUAUUUCUCUGUUGGACUCAGAACAGUAAAGAAUGAAUUCAGCUCGUCGUUGUUCGACUUUAUUGAACCAGCUGUGUGUUUCCCCGCGGGGCGGAUCGACAACCAGGCGACCGUUUUCACCGGGACCAUGGUGCCAUCGCCCCGGUGUCGGAGCAGGGGGACUCAACGGGACCGUUCUCCGACCGAAACCGAGCGGAAUAUCCACCACUGCGGCAGCAGCAGUUUGUCCAAUGGGGGGGAACAGCAGCAGCAGCAGCAGCAGGUUAUUUGGUACACUGGCCCAGUCGCUGAACAGUGCACCCCUGGUCCAACCAGGCCCAUACACGGAGGAGAGCCCAGAUCAUGACCCGGACCAAGACCUGGCUGCGUUAGACCCGGACCAGUUGCUCAGAGAAUGUGAGGAGGCUCUGCAGAGACGUCCAGCUCGGCCACACCGGGAUCUGGUCUAUCCCGCUGGCACAGUGCCGUGCCACCACAAGCGCAACCCCUCCAUACGGGUCAUGCAGUGGAACAUACUCGCCCAAGCUCUUGGCGAGGGGAAGGAUGAGUUUAUCCGCUGCCCACUGGAUGCUCUCAACUGGCAGGAAAGGAAGUACCUGAUCCUGGCGGAGAUCCUCACCUACCGACCUGAUAUCCUGUGUCUACAGGAAGUGGACCAUUACUAUGACACUUUUCAGCCAAUCAUGACCAGCCUAGGUUACCAUGGCAGCUUCCUGCCCAAACCCUGGUCUCCCUGUUUGGGUGUAGAGCAGAAUAACGGCCCUGACGGCUGCGCUUUGUUUUACCGUCGCUCCCGCUUUUCCCUCCAGGCCACAGCUCACCUGCGACUGUCAGGCAUGAUGCUGCCCACCAACCAAGUAGCUAUCGUUCAGACACUGAACUGCCGGGCAACAGGCCGACAGCUGUGUGUGGCCGUCACUCAUCUGAAAGCUUGUAGUGGCUGGGAAAGGCUGCGGAGUGCACAAGGUGCUGACCUGCUGCGGAGUUUACGCAACAUAACAUCCCUGGGUGACUUUCAGAGCGAGGUAGCAUCGUCCACAAUCCCUUUAGUAGUUUGCGGGGACUUUAAUGCAGAGCCCUCAGAGGACGUUUACAGAUGCUUCAGCUCUUCCGCCCUUGGCCUGAACUCUGUUUACAAGCUGCUGAGCUCUGAUGGACAGACGGAGCCGGCCUAUACCACGUGGAAGAUCCGCGCCUCUGGAGAGAGCCGCAGCACGUUGGACUAUAUCUGGUAUACCCAUGAUGCUUUGAGUGUGGACUGUCUGUUGGACAUUCCCACUGAGGAGGAGAUUGGGCCAGACCGCCUCCCCUCCUACCACUACCCAUCUGACCAUUUAUCACUAGUCUGUGAUAUCAGUUUCAGGGAGGAUGUAAGCUGCCAUAGCAGCUCUGGACCAAUAGGAGGACUGAGUGAAUGGACUGCUUAUCCCGAAACAAUAAUGAAGUAAGAGUGUGGAAAGUAAAGGGUGCCAGCUCUGUUUAAAGCCAGCAGCCAGAGGGCGACCUCACGGCAGGGCCAGUGAAUACUGAUUAGUGCAUCAUAAUGCAUUAACAAUAUAGUCAUAAUGGGGAGCUUAGGAAGUUGUAUUAGACAAUUUGACAUCACUUGUGCUGGAAAAAACAAUGGAUAGUGUCUUGGCAAUGACAUUUGAUUUCAUAAAGUUGCAUACAGGUGGGUGGGGUUUAGAGUCCCACUGGAGUCCAUCUCCAGUGCGUUUGAGCUCUUACAAAUUAAUGAAAAUUGCAGCUAAGGUGUUCAUUUGCUGAAGUUUGAACACUGGAAACCAGCUGCUGGUUUUUUUUCUUUUCUCAAUACACACACAAGACUAUUAGCACCUUUUCUUAAUACUUUCAAAUCAAAUCAAAUUUAUUUAUAUAGCACUUUAAAAACAUCCAACUUUCAGUUGGCUAUACCAUAAUCAACAGCCUUUUCCUUUAGUGUGUUCAAAUGAAUUACUUUGCACCGCAGUAGUCCUCGAUGGCUCUUCAGUGUGACAUUGGUAAUCAUGACAGAGUUGUUGUUGUUGUUGCUGCUUUGAACAUGAGGAGGAAUGUUAAUUUAUUAAAUGAUUAUUUUUACUCUUAUUGUGUUCUGUUUGAAUUCCUGGCUAAGCACAGUUGACUGUUGUGAAUUUAUUAAUUUUGCCUCAGCGCCCACAGGAAAAGCACAAAGCCUUUAUAUACACUGAUUUGAUGGUAGUUUGUAGUGUCAGUUAACUAAAGACUGUUUUAACAAUUCUUCCAACUCAGUAACAGUUUGUUUGUACGUCCUAUUUCAACACCCGUUGGCAUGUUUUCUUAUGCUGCGAUGAGCUUAGGGCCAUUGUAUGCAGUGCACUUAGUGCUAUACAUUCUACUGAAGGACUGGCAUCAAACACCAGGUAUUUAGCAGAAGUGCUUAAUAUGGAUUUUCUCUCCUCAUUUAAAACUAGUGUAGAUUAGGUUUUUCCUCUGACAAUGUUUUCUGUGCCAACAAGUCUAUUUACAAAGGCUUCAGAAGGUAUCUCCUUUGUAUGUUCGUGUUGUAGAUUUAAUUUUAAGAUUCAUGACAUAAAAUCGCUAUUUUGUAGCUACAAUGCUCAGAUUUCAGUUUUUGAUUUUUAAUAUCAAAAACUUCUACAACACUGUGCAA